ACGCAUGUUGUUUACUUGCCGCACUCUUCAACCAGUAACCAGGUCUAGAUAUAUCAUUUAUCUCCCUUUGAUGAGUCAGUUAUUUAUUUAUAAGCAUGUUACCCUCUUCUACCAGGAACAAACUUAACCGAACCGCGUUGCAAAACUUCAGUCUGACGCUGGUGCCGCGGCGUAGACGAAACUUACAGAAUAAUUUUGCAACUGAGAAACCAGAGGAAAACAAACUUGUUCCUGAACCUAAAGACAGUAACUCUUUCCAAAACAACAAUGCAUCCGUGCCAUCGUCUUUAACAAGCCCCGCAAACGUGACGGAAACGAUCGAAGGAGAACCGGAGGAGCCGUGCGUAGGAACGCAAAAGUCAAAAUGGAGAUCCAAAGGGGAUGGUAGUGUGCACGUUAUUGAUCAAGAGGGACCAUGCACCAGAGGCAAGUUUCAAAAGAAUAAACCAAACACCAGGAGCAAGAGCAAGCACGGGGUGCACACUUUAAAGGAGCUCUGCAACCUCAGAUUGAAGUUUUCUUGGUGCGUUUGCACGGCUGCAGACAGGAAAGAGGUGGUCAAACCAAAAAGGGGCAAAAAGAACUUGAUUAGCCACGCUACAAAGAGUAAAAAGACAAGUGUAGGCAAAAAAAGCAAAAUGUCGGUCAAAAAGGAAUUAAAUAACGAGGCUACAAAGAGUAAAAAGUCAGGUGUUAAUGGGAAAACUCGCAUUGGUAGAAGAGCCAGGGACAGCGAGUGUAAAGAGAAGGCCAAGUCCGCCUGGUGUGAUCCAGAUCCGGCUGCUGCACAGACACGAACACGGUCCUCCAUUACCGCGGAACUGUCAAAUGAUGAUACAAUUACGCACCCAAGCCCUGCCAGACUUGCUGGUUCAGAUGGGUCUUUGGAAAAGGCUGCCAAAUCCUCUGUUUGCAGCCUCUCUGGUGACUGUAAAUACAUUUCCCGUCAUCAGACAACUUUGGGUGAGCACUGGCAAAAAAGCAGUAGCUGUGAGCCAGAGCAUCCUACAGUUGAGGUUGAGAACAAUAAAAAAGCCACGGUCACCUCUAAGAAGAUUAUCGUAUGGAUAGACCAGUACCCGAAGGUGAUGCUUUGUGACAUCGCUAAAAAACGAGAAAUGAGAGCUGGAUUUUCAUUUGAGCCUGGGUGUUUAGGGCAUAACAAGCAAACAAUCGAGGAAAGUGUUUCGGCUAAAAGAGUUCAGUCUGUCUGUCGCGCUCUGAGUCCUACUGAACACCAGAGCCAUCGCACAAAUGCAAAGACAGUAUCCAGUCACAAGAGAUGUCGUUCCCUGAAGAGUCGGACAAGUAAAAGCUCCACUACCUGUUCUGCUUCUUCCUCACUAGGUGAACACACACAAAAAGGGCAGUGCAGGACUCUCAUUCAUGGCAGAGAUGUUGCAGAAGAUCCUGGCUCUCGAUCCAACCUAGUAGGAAAGAAAAUCCACAGGGAUAAAAGACUGAAGCUAGGGCAUGGUGUUAAAGAUGGGACGUUGCCAUCUACUCCGGAUUUCGAAAAUGUCACUUGCAAAGACCAAGCAGAAACAGACUCUGUAGACAAAGAGAUGUCUGUUGAAAGUCGGGCAUGUGUAGAGAGUGCAGUUUGUGAUAGCAGCUGUUUUGGCUCCGCUGAGAAAGAAAACAAUGUCCGCAAUAGCCCUUGUGAUGAGAAAGACAAUCCCACAAACACUGAGGCAGCAGAAAUGUCAUCAGAAGUGUUCAGUGAGACCAACGAGGUUGAAACGGAGGAACUAGACUCAUUUACCUGCCAGAGAGCGAGGCCCUAUAUCAGGAAAAUACAAUAUUCUUGUGCACGCACUUUUAUGUCCUGGCCCUUCCCUAACAGUGGCUUGAUCCCAAAACCACAUAACACAGACUGUCAAGCAGAGCCUAUUGAUCUAUCAGCUCGAAAUAACAGCAACGCUCCAUCCGAUCAAAUUCAGCCAGGUAUAUCCAGCAAACGGACCAAUGAUGAACUCCCACAUUCAGAGGCCUCCUCAAUCACAGCCCAUCAUGUUUCCAAUCAAAAGGAAGACAAGCGAGAAGAGAAUGGCGAAAGCAUUUUAAAGGAGAGGAAUAAGCAAACGCAUGACAAUAUUUCAUCAUUAUCUAGGGAGUUUGCAUCUCACCUUAUGGAGGCAGAAGAACCCAGUCUCUCAUUGGAUAAGGCUUCAUUUUCCAACCCAAGUCAGAGAGGAAAAGAGACUCAAACUGACAUAGUCUUAGCCGCAUCUCCGCCAGUUGAUAGACCUGAACCGGACAGCUCCACGUUGACCCCUUCCCCAUCAGCUCUUGGCCUGAGUGACUGUGAAACUGCCACUACUUUAUCUCCCAUGUCAUCUCUGUUCUCACACAGUGGUCCGAGCAGCCUUCCAGCCACACCCUCCUCUCUCACACUUUUCAUCGUUCCUACUGAAGUCGAAGGUGUUGAAUCAGAUUAUUCUGCAUGUACGUCCUCAACACCCAAAUGUAUGGUCAAAGCUGGAUAUAAAGAAUUGUUCACCUGUGAAGAAACCCAAAUAACAUCAUGGACUUCACCUUCUGCUCCUUCACAUAACUCCUUUGAUUCAUGUCAAUCUUCCCUCCUCCUUCCUCAAGUCGAGCAAGAGAGUGACAAAGAACUCCUCAUACACGAAAUGGAUUCAUAUGCGUUUAUGCUUCCACAGAUUCUCUCUCCUGUCAAUUCCCCCCAAGGAAAAUCACGAAAAAGCCUUUUGCCCCCCCAAAGCCAAGACUGCCCAGGUGACGCAAAGGAGGACCAACACAUGGACUCCAGCACACGUCAAGUGUUACCUGAAUGUCACAUGCCAGAAAUUGUCAAUUGCAAUAAUAAAAACUCAAAGAAUGAUAUUGAACAUAAUAGGGAAGACUUGGAAGGAGUCUCUAAAACUACUCCAAAGGAAGUGGAGUCUUCACCAUACAAUAAUGAAGAUGUGGAGGAUGGUAAUGAAGAGGAAAGCCAGGAUGAAACCGACAAUGAAGAUGAUGUGGAACAGGGUAACAACAAAUCAGAUCAAGUUCCUUCCGAGGCUAAAAGAAAGGCGAGCAUAACCUCAGGAGCUCUGACAGAACCCAGCUCUUCUCCCAGCUGUGAUGAAGACGAUGACAGGUCUCUCAGUGAUGAAGGACAGCCAAGUCCUAUUGGAGAAGAAGGAUCUAGUCCAUCUGAAGUAGCAGGCAGUGAUAGGGAUGAAAGUGUGGAAGAGGAUACUCAGCCGAGCGUUCUGGACGAUGUCACAGCUUACGAACAGGACAUCCUACUUGUCGAUAUGAACCAGGACGACUUCGAGCUGUUCCAAAACCUGCCCCAGGAGAGUGUGCUGAAGCUGGGCCCCACCCGGGUCACAGAGGCCCCUAAACACAGACCUGUUGGAGUGGUGAAAACACUGACGCCCAGGAUACAUAGUGCAUCACUGGAGUUUAAAGAAUCGAGCUCAGUUGAUACCUACGAUGGCGGUCCUGAUGUCACAGAACAGGAGAGCAGGACAUGGAGACCUCAGUGUAGCAGAAACCCGUCCCCCACGCAAAGCAGCACAUGGCCUUCGACUGAAAACACGAGUCUCCCUGAUGCCAACAACAAUCUUGUAAACAGAGUUUUGGAGAGGAGCCAGCCAAAGUCCCUGCAAAACAACUUCCCUCCACUUAUGACUGCAAGAAUUGGGCCCUUGAUCCCACCCAACAUGACAGAGGUCAGGCGCCAGAAAUCUAAGUCUUACUGCAGACAGUACUUCAGUGAUUCGCUGUUCUGUCGAUUCAAGAUCUGUCACUUCCAACAUGUGCCUAAGGCGGGCGACGAGAAGCUGUGCAUUGAAACUGUGACGCGGUUCGCUAAAAAACGAAUGUGCCUUCAGAAAGCAGGAGCUGUGUAUACAGGAUACUACCAGAACAACCCACCAGGAGUGUUUUUCUCCAUGCCCGUGCUCCUCUCCCUCCUCUGGGCUCUGCUCAAAGCCGGCAUGGUGUCAGAGGUCUUAUCGGUUCUCAACGUCAGCCUGGCUCACAAGAUUGUGCCUGGCCCUGAGUUCCUGUUGGCCCUCUUCAACAUUGUGAGAGAAAAGAGUCUCACAAGUGUUGUACCUGAACUCAGGGAGCUCACAAAUAAGAUGGCCAGUGCCGGCCUGGUGCUGAAUUCGAACUGCUUCGACAGCGUUAAAAACACUCCUGAGUUCCAGCAGACGGUCAAUCCAAACUCACUUGUUUCAGUGUCUGGUAACCACAAGUAA